AUGGAAGAUCCAAUAACUACACAUAGUGAGAUUAAUAUGGUGUUUAAUUCUGAACAAGAGGCAUAUGAUUUCUACAAUGGAUAUGGAGGAACAAAGGGGUUUAGUGUUAGAAGAGAUUGGGAACAUAAGAGUAUCAAAGAUAACAAGACCAUUACAUCAAGGGUAUUUGUAUGUAAUAAACAAGGAAAAAAGAAACUAGACAAGAGAGAUGAUAACAUUGUCAAGCCUCGAACGGAGAUAAGAACUGAUUAUCUCGCACGGAUGAGAAUUAAAUUGAAUAUUGAUGGGAUGUACAAUUGCAUUGAAUUUGUUGAAGAACACAAUCAUGAACUUCACUUGCCAUCUACUAGGAAUGUUUCUGAAUUUCAUGCAUUUGAAAUUGAUCUCGCAGAUGACUCUGGUAUUAGACCUAAGGACAUGUUUAAGUACAUGAGUAGGGAUGCAGGUGGCAACAGAGCAUUGGGCACCUAA